AUGUCCUGGGCAAGUCUCAGCACAGAAAUCCAAUGGCUCAUCCUCGACCACCUACGCGACUUCAAAUGCCGCCAAUACGAGUCUCCCACCCGCCGCCGGGUGCGCAGAGACAGGACCGGCAUCUCGCAAGCAGCCUACGCAUCCGUCUGCCGCGAAUGGAGCGACUUCUUCGAGAGGGCCAACUUCGAGAAGCUCACCCUCCACCAAGACGACAUCGCAACGCUGGGCGAGGUCGUUCCGCGAUGCGGCGCGCUUAUCCGCUGGAUCUGGCUGCGCAUCGAACUCCCUUCGUAUGACUGCUCACUAUGCGAUCAACCGGAGUCGGUCGAGGAAGACAAGGUCAACAAGUUUCUCUUUACGGACGCUGUCUGGGGCCUAUUUGAGAUCCUCAGCCAACUCAAUAACGAUCAUCACCCCGGCAUCACCCUCGAGCUAAGUGCGCAUUCGCCCAGCAUCGUGGACCACUAUGCCCAAGAGCUGGGCUGCAUGAUCAACGAUACCGCGUGGCACACACUAGGCGGGUUCCAGUCCUCUCAGUCCCUCGACGACGAAUCCCACGGAUGGCGGUCUGGUCAGCGGCGACGCAUCACAGACGCUGCUGCUCUCAGAAUGGUCGGGCAUCCACAGGGGCUCCGGUUCGACCUGCGGGCACCUGCUGUCAAGCGCAUGGACAAGACGCUGCCCAGGGUCAGGGUAGUGAAAGCCCUGGUGAUCCGCGGCCAAUGCUAUCGACACAUAUCCAUAUCAAAGGCCCUCGACCUCAUAAUCAGAAACCUCACCCAGCUGCGCGAUCUCUCCUACGAGUGCUGGAAAGGCUAUGACACGGCCAAGGUCAAGGGGCGGCAUAUCCGACUUCGUGAAAACGACAUCCUGUUGUCAGACACCUUGAGGUACCGCCGAAGCUUGCGUAAAAUCUCCAUCUACGAGGGCACCAGUCGCUGUAACAAGAAACACCUCAGCCCCCAUUUGACGUGGGAACAUGCGACAGUUGGUUUCGGUUCGGCCCUAGCAAAGGCAAGCCGGGACUUGGAAGAGCUAUAUGUCAAUGACAUUGUCGAGGCGGACGACUUCUUCCGGCCAUUUUGGGGAUACGACCUUCAGAAGCGCGCGACCAGGAGGAUCCUAUGGAGGAAUCUCAGGCGCAUCUCCCUCUUUGCCGAACUGGUUCCCCCCGUCUCGUACGAAAGUCGGAUACAGGCCGCUGGUCACGCCGCCUGCACCAUGCCACAACUCGAAUUCAUGGAACUUUGGUAUUGCGAUGGGAACUAUCAGUGCGUCUUCACAUAUGACAUCUCGAAGGAUGCACGCGACACCCACAAGUUGGAGCUACGAAGCUCCUGGGGGGUCCGUCUCAGCCCAGCCACCGUGCAAGCCUGGAGGGAGGCCGUCUGCGGCCGAGGACCGGGAAGGGAACUCGAGGUCCGCGGUCAGGGAGAGAUUUUUGAUCUUCCCAAAGGGCGGGAUCUCAUGUGCGCUUUGGUGUUGAGAGGGGAUGCAUUGACGAAUACUAGCCGACGGCAGAUAUUGGGGCAGCAUGGACACUCGUACUUGGGCAGGGGCUGA